GUGAACGGCGGAGACUGCUCUGCGGUGCAGCAUGAGCUGAUCGGCGUGCAGAAGAUGCAUGCAACCAAGUAUGCCUUUGCAGCUCUCCUGGAGAGUGGAUCUGUGGUUACCUGGGGAUCUCCGAUUUUUGGUGGCAGUUCCAACGAAGUGCA